AUGGCUCCGACAGCCUCCUCCUCCUCUGCCCCCAACGCGGGCGACUCCAAGUCCCGUCUCCUCCGCUUCACAGGCCACCGCAACUUUCGUCAACGUCUCAUCCUCUCUCUCGUCUCGCAGCGACCCGUGCGCAUCGACUCAAUCCGACCCGACUCGUCUAGCCCUGGUAUCCGCGAUUUCGAAGCCAACUUCCUCCGUCUCCUCGAAAAGGUCACCAAUGGGUCGCACGUCGAAAUUUCCUACACCGGUACAUCGAUCCUGCUCAAACCUGGAGUGAUCGCCGGAGGCAAAGUGGUGCACGACUGCUCGCUCACCCGCGGUAUCGGCUAUUGGUUGGAAUGGAUGGUAGUCCUGGCGCCAUUUGCGAAGAAGGAGUUGCAUCUGACGCUGCGCGGCGUCACCAACAUGGAUGGCGAUCUGGGCGUGGAUACGAUUCGAACGGUGACAUUGCCGCAUCUGACGCUUUUCCUGCCGUUGGACUCGCUCAGCACGCUAGCUAGCUCGUUGGAGCUGCGCAUCGCCAAACGUGGUUCCGCACCGUUGGGUGGUGGAGAGGUGCAUUUCAGAUGUCCGGUGGUAAAGCACUUGAGCACGGUCAACUUUGUUGCGCCGGGAAGGGUGAAGAAGAUUCGGGGCAUUGCGACUUCGACGAGGGUGAGCCCGCAGAUGGCCAACCGACUUAUUGACGCCGCCCGUGCUGUGUUGGGUCGGUACAUCCCGGAUCUGUAUCUCUUUGCGGAUGUCUAUCGUGGGGAGGAUUCGGGCAAGUCGCCAGGAUUCGCGAUUACGUUGCUCGCAACGUCGACCACUGGUGCGAUCCAUUCGGCGGAAGCGGCGAGUAAGGCGACCGACCCAGGUCUGCCAGAGGACCUCGCACAGUCAGCGGCGAGGAUGCUGCUUGAGGAGAUCGCAAGUAGCGGUUGUGUCGAUAGGAGUCACCAGCCACUGGUGCUCCUGCUCAUGGCACUCAGCCCGCAGGACGUCGCCAAAUGCACCAUGGCUAGCCCCACGGCGAACGCCGUGCAGAUGAUGCGGGAUCUCAAGGAGGCUCUCGGGGUGAGUUUCAAGAUCACCCCCGCCUCCGAUGCAACCACAGCGCUCGUAGAUGGCGCAGAGGAUGACGAUGCAGAAGAGGAGGACGAGCAGAAGAAGAUGCUGCAGAAGCUGGCGAAUCCGGAGCUGUUCGCUUAUAGCUGUGUCGGUGUCAACUUUGGUGGGUUCAAGAAGGUCGGCUAG